ACCACAGCAUAUUUUCGACAGCACAAAUUAUCUAACCUUUAAUAAGAACAUCGCGCUUAAUUUUCUCAUGGAAAACUAUCUUUGAAUUGUAUAAACCUAAAAACAUAGUGCGCAAGAUCGGGAGAUUUGGGACAUAUAUGUUCAAUUCCAUCAUUAGCUAAAGAAUGGACCUUCUUGGGUCUAUAUCAAGUGCUCUGGAAGUGGUACUCACAACCCCUCUAACCCGGUUACUACAAGCUGCAUUGGCCUUGUAUGCGACCCUGAAUUUGAACUCAUCGGAUUUCCCGCCGGAUUACUCUUCUAAAGUUUCAGAUGGAGUGCAUGCCGACUUCAUUAUAGUAGGCGCUGGUUCGGCGGGCUGCGUGCUUGCCAACAGACUGACUGAGAUAGGUAACUGGACGGUAAUGCUGGUGGAGGCAGGAGACUAUCCCUCCAUUGAAUCUUUGGUGCCGGGUUUGUUAACUUUCGUGGACUACUCUUAUGAAGACUGGAACUACUAUACCGUUGACGAUGGGUACACGAGUCAAGCGCACAAAUCAAAAACAUACACCUUACUAGAGGUAAAAUGCUAGGAGGCUCCAGCGGCGCUAACUACAUGUUUUACGUUAGAGGAAUAAGAGGGACUACGACGAAUGGGAAGAAAACGGACUGGAGGGAUGGUCUUGGGACUCGGUGCUGCCUUACUUUAUAAAGAGUGAACGCCUGCGUUCAGAAGAAAUAUUGGAAAGUCCUUCAGCUGAUCUUCACGGUACAGAUGGAUAUCUAGGCGUUACUCGGCCACUCUGGCAAGGAAAAGUAGAAAACGACUUAGAAGCGUUCAAGGAAAAUGGACAUCAAAUUUUAGUAGAUACGAAUGGAUACGAACAGUUAGGAUACUCCUUACCUACAUUUACCAUAGACAAUAAGACUCGACAGAGCACGUCAGUUGCAUUCCUCAGACCUAUAAAAGACCGUCAAAAUCUACGAGUGUUGGCAAACACUUAUUGCAGAAAGAUCCUAUUUGACGAAAACAUGCGAGCAAUUGGUGUAGAGGUAAAGCUUCCAAAUGGAAAAAUUAUAAAUCUGAUGGCCAAUAAAGAAGUAAUACUUUCGGGGGGAGCUAUCAACAACCCACAAAUAUUAAUGUUAUCUGGUGUUGGACCUAAGGAACAUUUAGAAGAAAUGGGCAUACAAGUUUUACUCAAUUCACCGAAUGUGGGUGAAAAUCUUCAGGACCACCCUACAGUUCCAAUAGUUAUUAAUAAAGGAAAAAUGCUUUAUCGUUGCUCGGUAAUAUUGAUUUAAUAACUAAUUUAGAUAAAUUUCCGAAUCCUACGUUAAUGGGACACGUGGCGUUGAAUAAAUCACAAACUUAUCCAGAUUAUCAAGCUUUAGCGUUCCCGAUCGAUGUCGGUUCUUUCAUACCUACGAUCAUUUGCAGCUAUGUGUUUAGAUAUGAGAAUGCAAUCUGUGAUCAAAUUGUCCAGACUGGGGAGACAAAUCAAUUACUGCUUACAACUCUAACUCUACUUCAUCCAAAAUCCAGAGGAAGGGUUUAUUUAAAAAACAAUGACCCGGAGGAGAAAGCAAUCAUAUACGAUGGUUAUUACACA